GUUGAGAAUAAAGUGAAGUCUGGAAAGCGCUGUGUUUUGAAUUGAUUUAUAAACAUACACAUUGUAAUAUGAAGUAUUACGGUGUUGUAUUGAUCCUGAGCAUGUUGGAUUUAUCUUUAGUGGACACACAGGAAGACUACUGGCCUGUUCACACUGUGUGUGUCUCAAACAAGAUCCAAGUGACAUACAGGAGCUGCGGUGAGAUCAAACACCCCAUACAGGAUGUAGGCUUCACACUGAGCUCUUGUUCAGACAUUUUUACACAGCCAUAUGUCAAAGCAUCCUUUCUCCUGAGACAAUCUGUUGAUGAACUUUAUCUGUCUGUGGAACUGUUUCUCAAUGGAAUAAGCACUAUAAACCAUGAUGAGCCCGUCUGCUUACCCAAUUUCCCUCGGUUCACCUUCUGUGGCAACAGAAGAGGAGAAAUGAUUACCAUUCAGUCAUCUUUGCCAGGGCUGAAGAUUCCACUAAAGGGUCACUACAACAUUAAACUACGUGCUAUAAACCAAAAGGGCUUCCAGAUUUUUUGUGUGAAUGCCACUGCUAUAUUUAUGUGAAAUAGAAUGAAGAGUUAUAAGUGUGUAUUAUUUGAGGAUUGUUUACAAAAUGCUGUCCUGAUUUUAACCAAUAAAAGCUGUUUAAUUAAUGAUGGUAUUGGAUUUUAUUGACUUGAUCUGUAUUGCAGCAUUACUGAUCUUUACCAAAAGAUGGCACCACUUGCAUCUUUCACUAUUAUUGUCUAUUGUUUCCUUUGGUAACUUUUAACAGUCCUUAUGUCUUAUUUAGUAUACACACCCAGGCUCUCUGAUACAGAUCAGUUCAUUUUUCAACCUCCUUCAUUUUCAGGCACUUUUCUGACAUUCAACAGUCCAUGUUAUUUAUAUUGCAACUGGUGUGUACUCAGAACCACACACACUUUCACACCACCGCUUAUUAUUUGUGAUUGAUGAGCAUACUGAACCUGCUCAGUGAUCAGACUUGUAGAACAGAAUUCAUGUGAUGUGAAAUAGUACAGUACAUUUUCUCUUUUUUUUUUUUUUUUUUUCUCGUGGAAGAAAAUGUCAUUGUUCUGUUUGCUACAACAUUUCAGAUAUGGAUUGAAAUCAUAGAUUCACCCUCAUCUAGCAUUGAUAUUAAAUAGGGUAAUGAUGCCUAAGAAUGAAAUAGGGUAAUGAU